UUUACUGAAGGAUCACUAGUGGAUGGACACCAGACCUGAGAGGACCUCUUCCACUUUGAAGGACACACAGCUCCAAAUCCCUGGUGCUAUGACCCGCUUGUGGUUUAGAGGGAUCUAGUCUGGGAUACGGACCUUUCAAGUUGGACUUUAAAAGAGAGCUCUAGAGACGAGACAGAAGUGAAAGAAAAAGCUUCAUAGUGACUGAGCAAUGAAUGUGAGCAGAGAGAAGGUCCAGGUGGACAUCUCUAGUGGACCAGCCUCGGUUGUGGUGGAAGCUGGACCCUGCAGUAUUCACGGUGAGAUGAUGGAGAGCAAUGGGGAACAGAGACUCUCAGCCAACGAGAUACCUGUCUAUGGGUGUCAGAGGGACAACAGGCAAGGAGGGGACAACCAGAAUGGCAAUACCCCUGGGCAAGAAGGGAUGGUGGGAGCACUUCCAGCAGUUCACAGAACCACUUCUUUCUCUGUUUUGGACAUACUGGACCCUAACAAAUUUAACAGCAAACAGAGACUGUGCUCUGUGGCGUACAAGCCUAAUACAGACUAUAUUAUCAGAGGGGAGGACAAGCAGGACCCGGGGGCAGAUCUGGCCAACCAGAAACCCUGUCUAGAAGACUUUGACAACUGCAAAAAGUCUGCAGAUGUUUUAAAGAAUGGGGAUCUCUAUCACCAGGCCGGAGAGGAGUGUCAGAACCAAGACUUCAGUCCUGGACCUGGAAGUGAUCUGGAGGAAGAAGAAGAUGAAGAAGAGGAAGAGUUCUGUAGUGAAGAAAGCAGCAACUCCACAUCUUCUGGGACUGGAGACAGGGGGACUGAUGGAGGAGCUGCUCAGGGAGGGGAGUCUAUCAGCCCUGCUGGGUCUAACCAACAGCAGGCCAAUGGGAAGAACCAAAGUCAACAGAACCAGCAGCAGAAUCAGCAUGGUAAGCCCAAGAGGAAGAGGACUGGUUCUGACUCUAAAUCUGGAAAGCCCAGGAGAGCACGCACUGCUUUCACCUAUGAACAGUUGGUGGCGCUAGAGAACAAGUUCAAGUCCACCAGGUACUUAUCUGUAUGUGAGAGACUCAACCUAGCUCUGUCCCUGAGCCUAACUGAGACCCAGGUCAAAAUCUGGUUCCAGAACAGACGCACCAAGUGGAAGAAGCAGAACCCUGGGGCAGACACAAGCGCCCCCACAGGGGGGUCCAACCAUGGAGGAGGAUCAGUGGGACCAGGUAUGGGAGGAGGGCUCAGCCCUCUUAGUCACUCACCCCCCAUGGGUAACCCACUGGCCAUGCAUGGUCACCCAGGAUACCCCGGCCAUGGACCAAGUGGUCUUAUGUGUACCACCCAACUGCCCUUCCUGUCAGGUCCAGCUGUCCUAUCACCCUUUGUCUUGGGGACCCAGUCCUAUGGGGCUCCUGCAUUUUAUGCACCCCACUUAUAAGAAAAGGACAAACUGACUCAGUGCUCUGCGUGGUGGCUACCCAAGUCCAUGUGAGCAAAACCCCAGGG